AAUCAGUCCGCGCGGAGCCCGAGCGAUGUCGUCACCGCGCGGAGGCACUCGUCCAGAAACCAACAGCAAUAUGAUUGCUAAAGAUCAGCCUGUAAUCGACAACAGAUGAAAGUGCUCUUAUCUAUAAAUUCAAAGUACGGAAACUCUUGUGACACUCUGCGUCAGUAGUUGUCUUCAUAAACACCCACGUGCAACGCCGAGGAUGAAGAUUACACUAAUAGCAGGGCUUUUAGCCUUGGCCAUCGUUUCAUCCCGAGCGAGAAACGUUAGCGAUUUCAAAGGCGACCAAAAUGUGAGCGCCGAGGUGGGUGCCAUACUGAAAGACGAUCUAGCGGGCGCCGGCACCGAAGCGCGCGACCAGGCGGUCGCCGGCACCGAGCACAAACACAAACCCAAGGACAGCCACCACGAGGCGGGCGGCGGCCACGAGCACAAGGAGCACCACCACAAGGAGGACGGGGAGAAGGGCGACAAGGGGUACAAGUCCCACCACCACCACGACAAGGCCGAGCACGGCCACCACGACAAGCACCACCACGAGGGGCACCACGGCGAGCACGGCGGACACAAGAAGAAGCACCACGACGAGCACGACCACCACGGCGAGCACCACGAGGCGGCGCACGGACACAAGGGCGGCAAGUUCGGACACAAGAAGGGCCACAAGAAGGGCUCCAAGACCACCGGCUUCCACCACAAGUCGCACAAGGACGAGUACCACAAGGAGCACAAGUUCUACGACGAUUUCCACAAGGGCGGCCACCACAACAAGCACGGAGACUUCCACGGCCACCACGACAAGAAGGAGGGCCACCACAAGAAGGGCGGCCACCACGAGAAGGGCCACCACGAGAAACACCACGGCAAGAAGGGCCACCACGACAAGGGGCACUACGACGAGGACCACAAGGGGCACAAGGGGCACCACGGGCACGAGGAGCACCACGCGCACCACCACGACCACGGCAAGAAGGGCGGCCAUGCCGGCGGCAAGGAGCACGGCUACAGCCACCACAAGAAGGGCUAAUUAUUAAAUAUACUUACAUAUUCUUAUUUGUUUUGAAGUCAUUUUGCAUAAUGCUAAGUCAGUAUGUAUGUAAUUUAGAUUUAACGGUUAGACUUAGAUCCAAUAUUAAUUUAUAUACCCAAUCAAAAACUCUAAAAAGCUAAUCAUAGAAUUACUACAUUAGAAUUAAUUCAUAAUUUUACCUUCACGAUGUUUACUAAAAAUUAUCAGGGCUUCUCGUAUUUUUCUUAAAUAAUUUUAAAUAUAAACAUAAAUAAUACGCGAUUAAGUCCCCAUUUUGCUAAAAAAUAACGAUUUUGUCCAUUAGGCCUUAGAAGCGUUUUGUGAUGAUAGGUAGUGACAAAGUUAUGUUGAUAUAUUAUACAUUUUAAUACAUUUACUUUACAAAUAAUUGAGUGAAAUUUUAAGGCUGUUUUUAUUAAAUGUUUGUUGUUCAUAAGUA